UGUGAACAUCUCCUUUUAGCUUUGGAGGAGAGUGAUCCAACAUCUCUUCUACGCUAUCUUGCGUAUCUUGAUCUCUGUAUGGUAUGCGAAAAAAAUGUUGACACUUGGAGGCGUGCAGCAUUUUUUGAAGAAACUGGUGAGACUUACAAAAGAGUAAUCGCUGUGUGCUUGAAGCCACUGGAGCAACUUGCCACAAUAUUUAGUGAAGGCAUGGGAAAUUCUGUUGACAAACCUGCACAGCUAUCGAAUCAGUUAUCCUCUCCAACUGAUCCACGACUUGAUUCAAAGUGCUUAGAACAAUUGCAGCUUCUCCAGCUUUACACGUGGUGUUCAAGGUCUGUUGCCUCACUGACUGCCUGUUCACGCAAAGAAGAUAAGUUUGGGGUUGCUCAGCUCUCUGGGAGUAAUGCUGCCGUAAUUUCAACGUUGAUAUCCUGUCUUCUAGCUGUUGAAAAUUUCAUGGGAAAGAAAACAAACCUGCAGUCCCCGCACCAGCUAUUGGGACCUGCCGGUAUCAGAUGGGCAACAAUGAACGGUGGAAGGGUGGAUGUUUCAUCUGGUAAAAGAAGAAGUGGCCCAGUAAACUCAAAAGCUUAUGUUAUUGCUGAUGUUCUAAGGACUUCAAUAUACCAAAUAGUAUCAGCAUUCCAUGAUGAGAUGUUAGCUGGUGCUAAAGCAAGCCUUCUUGAGAAGGACUGGAUCACCAAUGGGAAACCAGCUUUUGGUACCCGUGAGAUGCUUAUACAAAAGCUACGUCUUUUCCUUGAUUAUAGAGCUACAUAACUUGAUUGUAGUUGUUGGGGUUUGGAUGCCACUUUGUUGGGUUGAUCAAAUAUACUCAUAGGUUGUUGUUAAGUGGAGAUGAAAUAGGACGAAGAGGAUUCAAUUUUGCUGUCCGAAAUUUCAGAGAGGAUAUUAAUGUGUAACGAUUUUUUUUGAA